AUUCUAUAAUUCGAAUCUGGUGUUUCUCUUCUCUUCAAUUGACACAUUCCCAUUAAAUCUCUAUACUGCGUAAAAACGACGCCGUCACGCCGUCGGAAUAUCUUCUUGCCGCCGGUGAUCCUCAGCUAUUCGUUAUCUCUCUCUCGGGUUGAAGGAUUAUGUUCUUUUCGAGGUUUUGUAAGCUAGGAGUUCAUGCUAUCAGGAACUUGGAAAAAUCUGCUACUCUAACAGUGAGGACUUCAUACACCCCCAAGGCUCAUAAUCAGUAUUUAGGUUCAUUGAGAAACAAAUUUUUUUGCAGUACAGCACCUAAAGCAAGCUCAGAGCAGAAAAAUGAAGACAAGGAAACAAUAAAUGUGACAUUUUGCGACAAAGAUGGAGAAGAGACGCAUAUAAAGGUCCCAAUUGGAAUGUCGAUGCUAGAAGCUGCACACGAGAAUGACAUAGAACUUGAAGGUGCAUGUGAAGGGUCGCUUGCUUGUUCCACCUGUCAUGUAAUUGUGAUGGAUGUGGACCACUAUAACAAACUAUCUGAGCCAACCGAUGAGGAAAAUGACAUGUUAGAUCUGGCAUUUGGGCUGUCAGAAACAUCUCGUCUAGGUUGUCAAAUCAUCGCCAAACCCGAACUCGACGGACUUCGUUUAGCCAUACCUGCAGCUACACGGAACUUUGCAGUUGAUGGAUUUAAGCCAAAACCUCAUUAGAUCAUACUCUUGCAGAUAGAAGAUGAAAAUAAGUCCCUUCGGGUAGACUGGCAAUUGCUGGUGAACUGUUUCCGAGUGGUUGAUGUUUCGCCGCCUUUCUUUAUGUUGUAUCUCUAGAGAAGGCUAGGCCUCUGAGUAACUAGUGGUGUAAUGAGCGUUAUGUCACAGUAGACGAGAUAAUUCAUUUUUGAAGGAGAGCACAGUUUCAUUU